AGCCUCCUCAGCCUGCAUCAUGUUCACCAAGAAGAAGAAGUCUCGUAUCCAGAUCUCUGCUCCCUCUAACUUCGAGCACCGCGUGCACACGGACUUUGACGAGCAGGAGCAGAAGUUCGUAGGGCUGCCACGACAAUGGCAGUCGCUCAUCGAGGACACAGCCAAGAGGCCCAAACCGUUCAUCGAUGCCACCGUCAUCACCACGGUGGAGCCACGCAAGACGAUUGUGCGCGGCAGUAAGCUGGGCGUGGACGGCUCUCUGACGUGGCUGCUGGAUGAGUUCGACACCAUGUCCGUGACUCGCUCCAACUCUUUACGGCGGGGCAGCCCCCCCAUCCAGCCCCGCAAAGACUCUAGCUCCUCAGGAGGGGGCGGGCAUGAGAAUGGAGACCCUCACCACAGACACUACACACAGCAGGACAGAGAUAGACCUAGACCGGACCGCCAGCACGGUGAGGGCGACUCCCACCACGGCCCACGAGUGCUCCGUCCCCCCCAGUGGGAGGAGGGAGUCCAGGGCCGGCCCCAGCAGCAGCCCCGGGGCCAGGAGCCAAGCAGGGCCCACAGGGACAAACCGGGCUCCGGGGCCCCCCCGCCCCCCCACAGAGACAGGGAGCCUCGGGACCAGGUGGACCAGUCCAGUGACCACAGGCCCAAGUCCAGCUACGUGGUGCGGGACGGCAGCCCUCAGUCCCCCAGAGACAAGAGACCUCUGUCUGGACCCAACAUCAGGACCCCGAACCUGCCGGUGACAGAGGGGGUGAUGAAGACCGCCCAGCAGACCACACGGCCCUUCAACACUUACCCCAGGACAGACAGCGAGGGGGGACGCAGCCCCACGGGACAGCCGGGGCGUCACCCUGACUCCUCCCCGCAGAACGGGCCCUCCAGCGGCUCCACCCGGGGCUCCUCCAAGCCCCCCAUCAGCCACCCGCACCCCCUGCACACCUCCCACCCCAGCCUGAGCCCCGAGGCCACGCAGCACCCCCACACCCCUCACCCCAACGUCCCGGCCCCACGGCCCCACGCCCCCCCGGCUCCCAUCGCCCAGCAGCAGGGCCGCUCCCCGCAGAGGGAGCCGCAGAGGGUUUCACAUGAGCAGUUCAGGGCGGCGCUGCAGAUGGUGGUAGACCCCGGGGACCCCCGCACCUACCUGGACCACUACAUUAAGAUUGGGGAGGGGUCCACGGGGAUCGUUUGCAUCGCCACGGUGAAGACCACCGGGAAACUGGUCGCCGUCAAGAAGAUGGACCUGAGGAAGCAGCAGCGCCGAGAGCUGCUCUUCAACGAGGUGGUGAUCAUGCGGGACUACCACCAUGAGAACGUAGUGGAGAUGUACAACAGCUACCUGGUGGGAGACGAGCUGUGGGUGGUGAUGGAGUUCCUGGAGGGAGGAGCACUGACCGACAUCGUCACACACACCAGGAUGAACGAGGAGCAGAUCGCCACCGUGUGUCUGUCCGUCCUGAAGGCGCUGUCUGUCCUGCACACACAGGGAGUGAUCCACAGAGACAUCAAGAGUGACUCCAUCCUGCUGACACAUGAUGGCCGCGUGAAGCUGUCAGACUUUGGGUUCUGUGCCCAGGUGUCUAAGGAGGUCCAGAGGAGGAAGUCUCUCGUGGGGACUCCGUACUGGAUGGCCCCGGAGCUCAUCUCCAGACUGCCUUACGGCCCCGAGGUGGACAUCUGGUCUCUGGGUGUCAUGGUGAUUGAGAUGGUGGAUGGAGAGCCGCCGUACUUCAACGAGCCACCGCUCAAAGCCAUGAAGAUGAUCAGAGACAACUUGCCCCCCAAACUGAAGAACCUGCACAAGGUGUCCCCCCUGCUGAAGGGCUUCCUGGACAGGAUGUUGGUGCGUGACCCGGCCCAGAGGGCGUCGGCCAGCGAGCUGCUGAAACAUGCCUUCCUGACUAAGGCGGGGCCGCCGUCCUGCAUCGUCCCCCUGAUGAGACAGAACAGGAUGAGAUGAGACACCAGGAGACACUAGGACGCCCUGCAGCGCCGCAGCUUCACACGAAUCAGAAUACUCCUGCACACAGAGCGGCGACACAUGGUCAGAGGUCAGGGGUCAGAGGGCACGCCUGCAGGUGUGCAGGAGUAUUCUCUCUGUCUGCUGUCAAUCACUGAACUACAGGCAACAAGGCUGAGUGUGAGUGUGAGUGUGAGUGUGAAUGAGUGAGUGAGUGAGUGAGUGAGUGAGUGAGUGAGUGAGUGAGUGAGUGAGUGAGUGAGUGAGUGAGUGAGUGAGUGAGUGAGUGAGUGAGUGAGUGAGAGUGUGUGUGUGUGUGUGUGUGUGUGUGUGAGUGUGUGUGUGUGUUGCCUGUCAGCUGUUUUUAGUGAUUAUUUUAUUAUUUUAUCUUCAGACUGAAAUUUGUGACAGUUUUUAUUUCGUGGAGUUUUGGGUUUUGGGGGUUUUUGCACAGCAGGACUCUGAGGGAGUGAAGGAGCCUUCAGCCCCGCGGCACCACAUUGAUACUCACUACAAAGACUCAGAGACUCACUACAAAGACUCAGAGACUCACUACAAAGACUCAGAGACUCACUAUGAACACUCAGACUGUAACUACUGAGACUCUAUAAGUGCUUCACUGAGUCAAAGGUAAACACUGGAGUUGUGGUUUUUUAAUGGAUGAAUUUUUCUCUUUUUCUUUAUUUUCCGUGUCAGAACGAUGAACAUAGAGAGAUAUAUCACUUCUGAUGUUUCUGUGAUUGUUUUAUGAUUAUAAUGAUUCUUCUGGUUUGUUUUAGAGAUGUGAUGAAGCUGCACUUCACUUAUUACACACUACUAUUACUACUGUCUGACUCUGUUAUAGACAAUACACCUUCAGACUGAACACA